AUGUAUCGCGCGACGUCCAGGCUGCUGCAGUGUCGGAUCACCUUCUUCACCAGGAGUCCGUGCGGAUUAUGUGAUACAGCGAAAUCGGUGGUCCGGAACGUGAAGGCGAAGAGGAAUUUCAAGUACGACGAGAUCAACGUUAUGGAGCUGGGGCAGGAGAAGUGGAAGAAUGUGUAUGAGUUCGACACACCCGUGAUCCACGUCGAUAAAGCCGACUCUUCAGCAACGACGACUUCCGCCCUGAAGCUUAUGCAUCGAUUCAAGGAAGAAGACGUCAUGAGGCUCAUGGACGAAGCCGAACGGACAUAG